AUGUACGGCAUGCUGCUGGAGAGCGUGCAGCACUUUGUGCGGGCGGAAUUCGGCGAGUCCCUCUGGCAGGCAGCGCUGUCCGACCUGGGCAUGCGAAACUGCGUCUUCUCCACGCACCGCACCUACCCCGACGACUCGAUGACGAGGCUGGCGCAAGCCUGCGCCACUCGCGUGACCGGCUGGAGCGCGGACUCGUUCCUGUUCUUCUUCGGCCGGUGCUUCGUGCGCUUCUUCAGCCACUACGGCUACGACCAGCUCAUCCGGGCUUCGGGGAGGCACCUCCGUGACUUCCUCCGGGGAAUGGACAACCUGCACCACCAGAUCCGGUUCAGCUAUCCGCGCAUGCGCAGUCCGUCCAUGCAGCUCCGAGAGGAGCACCGCCUGGGGGCCCUGCUCCACUACCAGUCCGAUCGAACGGGGCUCCACUUCUACGUGGUCGGGCAACUCGUCCAGGUGGCCAAGAGCUUCUACGGCAUGCAUCUCGUGGUGAAGGUGCUGAGCGUGCAGAGCACGUCGGAAGGCUCCCUGGCCGUGCUGCAGCUCAACUUCGACAACGCGGCCUUCGAGGCCAGCGAGCUGCGGCGUCUGAGCGUCCAGGGCCGCGUCGCGCUCGCCGACGUGGGCUGGGCGUCGCUCCAGCGGGUCGUUCCCUUCGGCCUCGCGAUGGACCGGCGGCUCGAGCUCGCCUGGAUCGGUCCCAGACUCAGGCUGGUGUGCGGCACCUCGCGCGCGCAGCUCGGCACUCCCGUCGGAGAGCUGUUCCGCCUGCAUCGGCCGGCCGUGCCCUUCACCUGGGACAGCGUGAUCUCUAUCCAGGAAGUGGUGGUGGAGCUGGAGUGCCUCGGCCCGUCGGAGUCCGACGUGGAGCGGGAGGGACGCCAACUGCUCCUCAAAGGACAGAUGCGCUACCUGAAGGAAUCAGACGUCAUCCUCUUUCUGGGCGUUCCACUAUUAAGCGGGCUUCAAGAGUUGCAAGAUGCAGGCUUGUACCUCGAAGAUCUCUGCAUGCAUGACAUGACACGAGACAUUGUGCUCGCGGGCUGGCAACACGGCGCCAACCUGGAAGUCUCCUACAGAGAGCAAGAGCGCAAGACUCAGAACUUGGAGGAGAACCUAGUAAGACUUGACGAGUGGCGGAAGCGAGGAGAUGAUCUGCUCUACUCCAUGCUCCCCAAGUCGGUCGCUGACUCGCUUCGUCAGGGCGCCGAUCCUAUCAACACCUGCCAGUCAUUCGACAGCGUGACGGUGUUAUUCAGCGAGCUGGUGAACUUCCCGGCGGCCUGCCGCCACCUCAGCCCCAUGCAGGUGGUGAGCUGGGUGAACGCCACCUUCUCCCUCUUCGACGUCAUCACGGACCGCUACGGUGUUUUCAAGGUGGAGACUGUGGGUCACGUGUAUAUGCUGGUAAGCGGCGCCCCUGAGCGUCGGCCGGAUCAUGCUGACCAGGUGUGCGCAGCCGCACUUGAGAUGCUAUCUGCCCUCCAGGGCACGGGGCAGCCUUUCCACGAGCACGGAACUCACCUUCGCGCCGGAAUUCACUCGGGUCCCGUGGCCGCCGGUGUUGUGGGCAUGAAGACACUGCGUUACUGCCUGUUUGGAGACACCGUUAACACAGCUGCUCGAAUGCAGACUCACGGUCAGACAGGAAGAAUUCAUAUCAGCGACGGCUGUCACAAGCUCAUUCGUGGGAAAGGAUUUGUUACAGAGCCUCGCGGAAGAAUUCAAAUUAAGGGAAAGGGCAAAAUGAGGACCCACUGGCUCAUGGAGGGCGACGUCCCAUCAAGGAACGGAGGGCACAGGAGAAUCUCCCUUUGUGAGCUACGCAUGCCCACCACCACUUUCAUCCGAUCCAAGCGAGCCUCGAAAUAA